CGAGGAACUGUUAAGUUCGAAAGCUGUCGCGCCACAAUGCCACCUUCUCAGCUUAAACAGCUGAAAGCUUCCCUCCGGAAUAGCGGUGUCUUAGGACCGCAGAAAUCGAAGAAGCAAAAACAACGGGAUGCCAAGAAAGGUGCUGAUGCCCGUGAUCGAAUCCAGCGCAAUGCCGCUCUACAAUCAAUCAGAGAGCAGUUUAACCCCUUCGAAGUCAAAGCGGCCACCAAACGAGUUAAAUUUGAUAUCACCACAAGGGAUGAUGGGGCCCGGAAAGCUGGAGGAAGCGUGCGACCUGGUGUUACGAAAUCGUUGGGCGAGGAAAAGGUGAGAAUCCGAGCCUUGUCAUAUUUAGCAAUGGCCGAUUAACCCCAUUGCUCCUUCUACAGAGGCGGAAAACUCUUCUGCAAGAGAUGCAUCAGCGAAACAAGGUUGGCGGGAUUUUAGAUCGCCGGUUCGGUGAGAACGAUCCGACUAUGACGCCGGAAGAGAAGGCCGCCGAACGAUUUGCCAGAGAAAGCCAAAGAAAAUUGCGCAAGGAAUCAAUGUUCAAUUUGGAAGAGGAAGAAGAAGAAAUAGUACUCACCCAUAAAGGGCAAUCGUUGGAUCUUGACGGAGCCAUGGACCGAGACGAUUUUCAGGAUGAUUUGGAGGAAGAAGAUAUAUCCGGCGAUGAAACACCCCGGAAAAGGAAACGCGCUAUCGCUGAAGAUGGUGGAAUGGAAGUAUAUGAAGAAAAUAGCGAUGAAGAACAGCCAGAGCGGAAAAAAUCCAAGCACGAAGUCAUGAAGGAGGUUAUUGCGAAGUCCAAAUUCUAUAAACACCAGCGACAGAUGGCCAAAGAGGACGAUGAAGAUAUGCGCGAGGAGCUUGACAAAGAACUUCCAAAUCUUUUUUCUAUGUUAAGGGGUGUCCCGCCUCCACCCAAACAGGAGCUCACGAAGGAAGAUUCCGAGUCAAUGAAUCCGGAGCGUGUAGCUCUGUUGAACGGGGCAUCCAAACCGGAUGCUAAUAAGGAAUAUGACCAGCGCCUUAAGCAAUUGACAUUUGACAAGCGGUCACAGCCAACAGAUCGUACGAAAACUGAAGAAGAAAAGGCCGAAGAAGAGGCACAGAGGCUCAAGGAACUUGAGGAAGAACGGCUUCGAAGAAUGCGCGGCGAAGAAAUGAGUGAUGACGAAGACGAGGCAGGAGAUGAUGAUGCUUCGGAUGACGAGUCUAUCCCAGAUGAUGCGAAAGCCUUUGGGCUCCAGCAUGCUCCCAGUCAGACUACCACCCGUCCUGACUUAGGGGUAGAAGAUGAAGAUGAUUUUAUCAUUGAUGAUGAUCUUGUUGAGACAAGGUCGGAUGUUAGUCUUGAGUUUGAUAAGAGUGAUGAAGAGGAAGACGAGUCAUCCGCAGAGGAAUCUGAUGACGACGACGACGAUGAUGAAGAUCUGUUGAAUGGGCUAGCUCUCCCUACAGAAGAGAGAAAUAACUUGGUUGCGGCUAGUGAAGCAAAGGAAACAAAUGGAGAACUGCAGUUCACAUACCCUUGCCCAGAGGAUCACCAGAGCUUUCUGAAGAUUAUCAAGGGUGUGCCGUUGCGAGAACUUCCUACAGUUAUCCAGAGAAUCCGAGCUCUCUACCAUCCCCGUCUUCAUAAGGACAACAAAGCCAAACUCGGACGAUUCGCGUCAAUAUUAGUCGAGCAUGCGGCAUACAUGGUAAAUCAAUCAGAACACCCGCCGUUUGCGAUCGUGGAGAACGUUCUACGGCAUAUCCACUCCCUGGCAAAGAGCCAUCCAGAAAAUGUCUCUAUGGCAUUUAGGACCCAUCUGCGCAACAUUACAACACAACGCCCUCUCGAUCUUCUCCCUGGUGAUCUUGUUAUAUUGACCGGGAUUGCGACUAUCUUCCCUACUUCUGAUCACUUUCAUGCCAUUGCAACCCCUGCACAUCUAUGUCUCGCACGCUACCUGGGACAGGGAUCCGUCAACUCUCUUGCAAAUUUCGCAAUUGGCGCCUAUGCUGCAAGCCUAUGUCUUCAGUACCAGAGUGUGUCCAAGAGGUUCAUGCCCGAAUCCAUCAACUAUAUCCUGAACGCAAUAUGCAAUCUCUGCCCCGAAGAAAUGAAGAAAACCCCUGGCUUUUUCCCCUCGCGGAAACCGCAGGAGCCCCUACGAUUGGCCCCGUCUUCUAAGCUAGUCACUUAUAGAAAACUCCGGUUCUGGGACAUAAUAGAAACGGGCGACUGCAAAUCCCAACAAACUCGAGAAAAGGAACAACUCAAAGUCUCUUUAAUAGCGACAUUCGUCGACCUCCUCGACUCCGCAUCCGACAUCUGGUCCGAUAAUUCGGCAUUCCUCGAGAUCUUCGAACCGGGCCAACAUGUCCUCCAGCAUGUCAGCGAAUCAUCCUCCAAGAACAAACUCCCCACCCCCCUCCAGGACAAGAUCCAAGCGUGCCUCGACAAGCUGGGCAGACAUCUCUCGCAGGCCCGUCUCGCGCGUCGUCCGCUGUUACUCCACAACCACCGCCCUCUAGCAAUCAAAUCGUCGAUCCCCAAGUUCGAAGAAAACUUCAACCCAGACAAGCACUACGAUCCCAACCGUGAGCGCGCAGAACUCAAUAAGCUCAAAGCGGAGUACAAGCGCGAGCGGAAGGGCGCCAUGCGCGAACUGCGCAAGGAUGCCAACUUCAUCGCGCGUGAGAAGCUGCGGGAGAAAAGGGAGCGUGAUGCAGAGUACGAGAAGAAAUACAAGAGGCUUAUCGCCGAGAUCCAGAAUCAGGAAGGCCGCGAGGCCAAUGCGUACGAGAAGGAGAAGAGAGCUCGGCAGGGUAAACGGUAAUGGGGUUGACUGGUUUCGGUUUGUUCGUCUCUACGGGAUUUGGCUAGCUCAUUAUUGUCCUGAUGUAUGCAGGCAUCAUGGCAUUUCUUGGGUGUUAUGUAAAUUCGCAUGUUCAUGUUAUAUACAACUUUCCUGGCUUGGCUUCUUUUUGUCUACAUGGUUUGCUGGAAAGGAAAAAAAGAGUUCGUUUUUGACAAUUAGAAGGAACUCACGAAAUGCAUUGUGCCUGUACUAUUUAUUAAUCAUUAUCAUCCAUAUAAGAAGAACCCUUGUGAAGCAUGCACUCAACCAAGCAAGAAGCAAUUCAUUAUUAUCCCAACUCCACUCCUAUCUCAGAUGGAUAUUUACAGCGCAUCCUCUGGGCCUUCGGAACUUUCUCCAUCUUCGUAUGCCGGGUCUUGAUGAAGAUUCGGCUAUACGCUCCCC